AUGGAGUUGGACUCGUCCGCAAUUAGCAGUGGAAGCAUCUACAAGGUCUACUGGCUCUACUGGCGCUUGUUGGGCUUGGAAAGCGAUUUUCCCCUGCGACAUGUAGUGGAUUUCCUGAUCACAUUUUUUGUAACCUUCUGGUAUCCAAUCCAUUUAAUCCUUGGUCUCUGCAUGGAGCGAACCCUGGGCGAUGUCUGCAAAGGUUUGCCAAUCACAGCCGCCUGCUUUUUUGCCAGCUUCAAGUUUAUUUGCUUUCGCCUGAGGAUGGCCGAGAUUAAGGCCGUUGAGGUUCUCUUCAAGGAGCUGGACCAGCGAGCUGUCACUGCCGAGGAACGGCAAUUCUUCAGCCACAAUACGCAACGUGAAGCGAAUUUCAUCUGGAAAAGUUUCCUGGUGGCCUACAACCUUUCAAAUUUCUCUGCUAUUGCCUCGGUUCUCUUUGGCGGAGGACGAAACCUCCUGUAUCCCGGCUGGUUCCCGUACGAUGUUCAGGCUUCGGCUCUUCGCUUCUGGCUUAGUGUUAGCUACCAGAUAGCCGGCGUGAGUUUGGCCAUUCUUCAAAACCUGGCCAACGACUCGUAUCCACCGAUGACUUUCUGCGUGUUGGCCGGACAUGUGAGACUGCUGGCCAUGCGAUUGAGUCAAAUCGGACACGAUCGGGAAGCGGAUAAGUUAGUUAUUGCCAGGAAGUUUACAGAGAGCAUUGAGGAUCACCGAAAGCUCAUGAAAAUCGUUGAGCUGCUACGCCUCACCAUGAACCUGUCCCAGCUGGGUCAGUUUGCGGCUAGUGGCAUUAAUAUUUCCAUAACGCUCGUCAACAUUCUGUUCUUCGCGGACAAUCACUUUGCGGUGACCUACUACGCCGUGUACUUUCUCUCCAUGGUGCUGGAGCUCUUUCCUUGCUGUUACUAUGGCACUCUGAUCUCCAUCGAGAUGGGCCGGCUCACACAUGCGAUCUACUCGAGCAACUGGCUGGGAAUGAAGCGAGGCUACUGCCGCAACUUGCUCAUUUUCAUGCAACUGACGCUGGCCGAGGUCCAGAUCAAGGCCGGUGGCAUGAUUGGUAUCGGCAUGAAUGCCUUCUUUGCCACGGUUCGACUGGCCUACUCCUUCUUCACGCUGGCCAUGUCGCUGCGAUAA